AUGCAGUCAGGAGGACCAGACCCCGAAUCAUUGUCUAAAUCCGAGAACCGUCUCCUCAAAAAGUACGGAAAGCUGCCACGUGGAGGUUUACUGGCUGAAAAGUCUAAGGAACGGACAUACUUUGACUCUGGCGAUUUCGCUCUUUCUGCCGCUGACCGCGAAACUGACAACGGUGCUGUCCAAACAGGCAGAGCCCAUCCUAAUCGAGAAAGCAUUUCUCACCCUUAUGCUGCUAUCCCGGCCUCUAGUAAUGUUAACGAAGAUGCCAACCAAGAUACGUAUAGGAAAAGUGGGAGUCCUGAGAAGAGUCCUCUCCUUCACCAAAUAAACACUAAAGAUGAACCUACAAACAAGGAAGGACACGACGAUCAUGUCUCUCGCGAAUGUUAA